UGUACUUGUGCAUGGGCCUGAUGCCCAGCCUAUGUGAUACUAGUUCAUUCCUGAUGAGCCAUGACUGUUCUCAUUAAGCCCCUUAAAGAGAGGGUACUCUUCCCCCCUACUUCUCUUUCUCUGAGUUAAGAGUAUUAAAAGCACAUGCAUUCUAGUCCGUAUUCUUGAUGUUAGACAUGUUGGAAAUGACUGAGGAGCAUUGUCCCUUUCUUGAGCACACAGACAGUUGCUAGAUACAGGGCUUGUCUUAAAUUAAAUUAAUGUUCUCUGGUGUCUUCUAUUACCAUCUCACUCCAUCAUUAACCCCAGUGGUCUUCAUCCCAGACAUUAACAGUGGUUUGCACUGUGGCAUCCAUGACUUUGCUCCUUUUCUCCUUCAGCCUCUUCUCCAGCCCUCUCACCUCCCAUACAAAGUCUAGGUAUAUUUUUGUCCAUUUCUUGCCUAGUGUUAUCAAUACUUUGAACAACUAGUAUAAAGAACGUAGUAAAGCACACUGGUACAAAGUAGUAUGUUCACUCUGUUGGAUAUUUUCAUCCCCCAGCAACUUUCUAUUAGAUAAACCAUAUGAAACUGCUGUUUUUGCAUGUGUAUAUAUAUAAUGUUUGCAGUUUUAUAUGGUUUCACUUUAUAAAUAUACACAGUGAUGAUUUUUAACCAGAGAUAUGAACUACAGUUAUCUAGGCAGUUUUUUACAAAAUAUGUAUAUACACACACACUGUCUGCAUCCUUGACCAGUGAAUUAGGAUCUUCAUGGAUGGGUCCAGAGUAAAUGCGUUUUUUAAAAAGCUGAUUCUGAGUCAUACUCCUGGUUAAAAACACCUGUAAGGGAAUCUUCCCUCUAGGCUAUUUUUAAUUUUUUUAUUUUAAUUUUUUUUUAGAGGUGGAGUCUUACCAUGUUGCCCAGGCUGGCCUCAAAAUCCUGGGAUCAAGCAAUCCUCCCACCCUAGCCUCCUGAGUAACUGGAACUCCAGGUGUGCACCACCGAGCCUGCCUCAAGCAGACUUUGCAUAUAGAUGCAUAUGUUUUUGGUGUAACCAGUUGUCUGAUAUGAACUGAAACUUUAAGUCUAUGACUUUAUAAAUUACUAUUAUUUAAAAUUUUAAGAUAUGGACCGGGUAUGAUGGCUCAUACCUGUAAUCCCUGCGCUUUGGGAGGCCGAGGCAGGCAGAUCACAUGAGCCCAGGAGUUCCAGACCAGCCUGGGGCAAAAUGGCAGAACCCCUCUAGAAAAAAACACAACAAAAAAAUUAGCCAGAUGUGGCAGUGCUGCUGUGGUGGGGAUCAAAGGGGCUGAUUGCUUGACCCCAGGAGGUCAAGGCUGCAGUGAGCUGAGAUCACAUCGCACCACUACCCCUCGGCCUGGGCAAGUGAGAGAGACUCUGUCUCAAAAAUAAAAAAUAAAUGUGAUCAAAUCUUAAAUUUAGAUUUUUCAGUACUCUUAGGAAGAAAAAUAUAAGUGCUACAAGAUGUUUUAUGAUUUUCAGGGAAUUGUCAAGUCUUUUUUUUUUCCCCUAGUUUGUAACUUCACAUUAUGUUUUGUAUAACUUCAACUUAAGAUUUUGUACUUUUCAAAUACACUUUUGUCUUUCAUGAAAGGGAGUUAACAGUAGUGAGCAGGCUGUAGUUGGUUAUUAACUUAAUUAUGACUCACCAUGCAGCUUACCUACAUGAUUCAUAAUUUUAUUGUGGCCAAGAGAAAAUGGAGUUUCUUUGAACAGCAUCUGUCUCCCUUCACUGCUGGUAAUUUGUGUGUUAUGCUAUUAUUAUUAAUCACUGUUUUUGGAAUCUCUGGGUAAAUAGGCUCUAAAUAAGCCCAAAAAUAUGAGCAAAAGUUGUCUCUUAAUUCAUUGGCCACUGCAGAAAGGAGUACUAAAACCCAGAAAAGAGUUCUGAGCUUCCUUCUACCUCUCACUAGUGUGUUCUCUCUAAUUUGCAUUCCUUAAAAAUGAGUUGCACUUGCUUUAGUGGCAUGUAUAUUUUUUAAAAAUGCAGAUAAGUUUAGUGUGGCUCCUGUAUAAAAAUGACUGUCAAAAAAUAGUAAUAAGCAGAACAUGCUCUCCAAGGGAGCUACGUGCAGCUCUUGGCCCUUGGAUGCCUGUGGCUGGGAGUCUGGAUCUGUCUGCCCAUGGCCCCCUCUUUAAAGAAAAUUUUUUUUUAAUUAAAAACAAUUUAAGGCCAGGCACAGUGGCUCACGACUGUAAUUCCAGCACUUUGGGAGGCCCAGGCAGGCGGAUCCCAAGGUCAGGAGUUCAAGACCAGCCUGGCCAAUAUGGUGAAACCCCAUCUCUACUUAAAAAAUACAAAAAUUAGCUGGGUGUGGUGGCGUGCACCUGUAGUCCCAGCUACUUGGGAGGCUGAGGCAGGAGAAUUGCUUGAACCCAGGAGGCAGAGGUUGCAGUGAGCCAAGAUCACACCACUGAACUCCAGCUGGGGCAACAAAAGAUUCCAUCUCAAAAAAAAAAAAAUAAAAUAAAAUGACUCCCACUUGUGAUCCAUUUCUUUAGAAAUAAUAUAACACUUAUAAGAGGCAGUCUCUAGUGCUUAACUCAGAAGAAUUUUUAUCAAGAAGGAAUAUUGAAUUUUAUCCAAUGCUUAUUUCUUUUCUCUGUCUCUCUUUUUAAUGGAUUUGCCUUCUCUGCAUAACUUUUUCUUUUCACUUGCAUUGAUUAUAUUGAUUUUCUUAUUGGGCCCAUUCAUGUGAUUGUAUUUUUAUGCUUACUAUUAAUCUAAUAUUGCAUUUUUUGAAUACAGUUGACCCUUGAACAACACAGGUUUGAACCACAAUGGUUUACUUAUGCAGAUUUUUUCAAUAAAUAUAUUGGAAAAUUUUUUACAGAUUUACGACAAUUUGAAAAAACUUGCAGGUGAGCUGUAUAACCUAGAAAUACUGAAAACAAGAUAGGUAUAUCAUGAAUGCAUUAAAUAUAUGCAGAUACUAGUUUAUUAUUUACUAUCAUAUAAUGUACACAAAUCUUAUAAAAAGUUAAAAUUUAUCAAAAUACAUGCAUACUAUAUUAGUCUGUUUUCAUGCUGCUGACAUGAAAGACAUACCCAAGAGUGGGUAAUUUAUAAAGAAAAAGAGGUUUAAUGGACUCACACUUUUCCUGUGGCUGGAGAGACCUCACAAUCAUGGCAGAAGGUGAAAGGCAUGUCUUACAUGGUAGCAGACGAGAGAAUGAGAGAGCUGAGCUAAAAGGAAAACUCCUUAUAAAACAAUCAGAUCUCAUGAGAUUUAUUCACUACCAAAAGAAUAGUAUGGGGGAGACUGCCCCCAUGAUUCAGUUAUCUCCCAAUGGGUCCCUACCACAAUACCUGGGAAUCAUGGGAGCUACAAUUCAAGUUGAGAUUUGGGUGGGGACACAACCAGACCAUAUCAUUCUGCCCCUGGCCCAAGAUACAAUGAGGGUGCAGGCAUUGGGUAAAUGCACCCAUCCCAAAUGGGAGAAAUUGGCCAAAACAAAGGGGUCAAAGCCCUAUGCAAGUCCAAAAUCCAGCAGGGCGGUCAAAUCCAAGCUCCAAAAUGAUCUCCUUUGACUCCAUGUCUCACAUCCAGGUCACUGAUGCAAGAGGUGGGUUUCCAUGGUCUUGGGCAGCUCUGCUUCUGUGGCCUUGCCAGGUAUAGCCUCCCUCCUGGCUGCUUUCAUGAACUGAUGUUGAGUGUCUGUGGCUUUUCCAGGCUCAUGGUGCAAGCUGUCUGGAUUUACCAUUCUAGGGUCUGGAGGACAGUGGCCCUCUUCUCACAGCUCCACUAGACAAUGUCCCAGUGGGGACUUUGUUGGGGGGCUUCAACCCCACAUUUCCCUUCUGCACUGCCUUAGCAGAAGUUCUCCAUGAGGGCCCUGCCCCUGCCUGGACAUCCAGGCGUUUCUAUACAUCCUCUGAAAUCUAGGCAGAGGUUCCCAAAGCUCAGUUCUUGACUUCUGUGCACUCACAGGCUCAACAUCAUGUGACAGCAGCUGCCAAGGCUUGGGGCUUGCACCCUCUGAAACCACAACCUGACCUGUACCCUGGCCCCUUUUAGCCAUAGCUGGAGUGGCUGGCACCAAGUCCCUAGGCUACACACGGGGUGGGGGGGCUUAGCCCAGCUUAUGAAACCAUUUUUUCCUCUUAUGCCUCAGGCCUGUGAUGGGAGAGGCCGCCCCGAAGGUCUCUGACAUGCCCUGGAGACAUUUUCCCCAUUGUCUUGGUGAUUAACAUUAGACUCCGCAGAUUUCUGCAGCCAGCUGGAAUUUCUCCUCAGAAAGUUGGCUUUUUUUUCCUAUUGCAUUGUCAGGCUGCAAAUUUGUCAAACUUCUAUGCUGUUUCCCUUUUAAAACUGAAUGCUUUUAACAGCACCAAAGUUACCUUUUCAGUGCUUUGCUGCUUAGAAAUUUCUUCCACCAGAUGCCCUAAAUCAUCUCCCUCAAGUUUAGAGUUCCACAGAUCUCUAGUUCAGGGGCAAAAUUCUGUCAGUCUCUUUGCUAAAACAUAGCAAGAGUCACCUUUACUCCAAUUCCCAACAAGUUCCUCGUCUCCAUCUGAGACCACCUCAGCCUGGAUUUCAUUGUCUUUAUAUCAUUAUCAGCAUUUCAGUCCAAGCCAUUCAACAAAUCUCUAGGAAGUUCCAGACUUUCCCACAUUUUCCUGUCUUCUUUGGAGCCCUCCAAACUGUUCCAAUCUCUGCCCGUUACCCUGUUCCAAAGUCGCUUCCACAUUUUUGGGUAUCUUUACAACAGCACCCCACUCUACCAGUACCAGUUUCCUGUAUUGGUCUGUUUUCAUGAUGCUGAUAAAGACACACCCGAGACUGGGUAAUUUAUAAAGGAAAAGAGGUUUAACAGACUCAUGGUUUCCUGUGGCUGGAAAGGCCUCACAAUCAUGGCAGAAGGUGAAAGGCACAUCUUACAUGGUGGCAGACGAGAGAGUGAGAGAGCCAAGCUAAGUGAGACUUAUUCACUACUGUGAGAAUAGUGUGGGGGAACUGCCCCCAUGAUUCAGUUGUCUCCCACUGAGUCCCUCCCACAACAUGUAGGAAUCACGGGAGCUACAAUUCAAGAUGAGAUUUGGGUGGGGACACAACCAAAUCAUAUCACAUACAAACACAACAAUAUGUGGUGCCAUUUGCAGUCAAGAGAAAUGUAAACCAAUGUAAAGAUUCAGUAUUAUAACUGCAUAAAAUUAACUGUAGUGCAUAUGAUACUACUGUAAUAAUUUUAUAACUACCUCCUGUUGCUAUUGGUGAGCUCAAGUGUUGCAAAUAUCUGCUUCAAAUGCCAUGUGACACUAAUUAUCUCUGUGUGAGCAGUUCAUCUCUCCAGUAAAUGUAGUGUUUGUACAACACUGUAAACUUUGAAUAACACCAUGGGACCCAUAGGAAAUGUUACUAGUGAUGCUGGAAGUGCUCCCAAGAAGCAGAGAAAAGUCAACAUUAGAAGAAACAAGUUUAAUUGCCUGAUGUGUACCAUAGAUUGAGGUCUUCAGCUGUGAUUGCCCAUCAUUUCAAGAUGAAUGAAUCCAGAGUAAGGGACAUUGUUAAAAAAAAAAAGAAAAGAAAAUAUAUGAAGCUUUCACUGCAGCUACAGCAGCAGGCACAAAGACUUUGCAUUUGUUGCAAAAUACAUUUUUAUCAUAUUGAAAAUUCAGCUUUUAUCGCUUCUCGGCCUUUUGGCUAAGAUCAAGUAUAGUGAAAAUUCAGCUUUUAUGAGGGUGCAGGGUUGCUGUAAGAAAGGCAUACCUUUCCAAUCUGUCCCUGAGUCUAACGAAAAAAAGCCAUACCUGUAGACUCUAAUGUGAUUCCAGAAAAAGCAAAGUCAUUAUAUGACAACUUAAAGCAAAAGGAAGGUGAAGGAUCUAAAGCUGGGGAAUUUAAUGCCAGCAAAGGAUGGUUUGAUAAUUUUAGAAAGAGGUUUGGCUUUUUAAAUGUCAAGAUAACAUGAGAAGCAGCUUCUGCCAACCAAGAGGCAGCAGGUGAAUUCCCAGAAGCCAUUAAGAAAAACAUUGAGGAGAAAGGAUAUCUGCUUGAACAGAUUUUUAAUGCAGACAAAAUUGCCCUACUCUGGAAAAAAUUUUAAAAGCCACAAGGAACUUCUGUUGGUAAGGAAGAAAAGCAAGCACCAGGAUUUAAGGCAGGAAGGAAUAGGCUAACUACUAUUUUGUGCAAGUGCAGUUGGGUUUAUGAUCAGGGCUGCCCUUAUCUGUAAAGCUGCCAAUCCCCAAGUCUUCAAAGGAAGAGAUAAACACCAGCUGCCAGUCUUUAGGUUGUUGUACAACAAGAAGGCAUGGACAACAAGAACCCUUUUUCUGGAUUGCUUUCAUCAAUGCUUUGUCCCUGAAGUCAGAAAGUACCUUGCCAGUAAAGGAUUGGUUUUUAAAGUUCUUUUGAUAUUGGAUAAUUCCCCUGGCCACCCCAAACCCUAUGAGGUCAAAACCAAAGGCACCGAAGUGGUCUACUUGCCACCAAACACAACGUCUCUGAAUUCAGCUUCUAGAUUGGGGGUCUUAAGGACCUGGAAGGCUCAUUACACACAGCACUCUGUGGAAAGGAUGUCAGUGCUAUGGAGGACCUCAAUAGAAGGAACAUCAUGAAAGCCUAGAAGGCUUAUGCCAUUGAAGAUACCAUCAUUGUUAUAGAAAAAGCUGUGAAAGCCAUUAAGCCCCAAACAGUAAGUUCCUGCUGGAGAAAACUGUGUCCAAGUGUUGUGUAUGACUUCACAAGAUUUAUGACAUAGCCAGUCAAGGAAAUCUUGAAAGAGUUUGCAGAUGUGCCAAAAGAAAAAGUGGGAGGGGGAACAAAAGUCUGCUUGAUAGAGAUCAAUGCUUCUGAACUGGUGCCGGGUGAUGAGAAAGGAGUCCUAGAAGAAGCAAGCCCAUAAAACAAAGUGAUGUGAGGUAAUCUAGCAGAAGCGUUCUUAUUAUUCAAGACUGCUUUUGACUUCGUUUACAACAUAGACUCUUCUGUGAUACAAGCACUAAAACUAAAGCAAAUGGUGGAAGAAGGAUUGGUACCAUAUAGAAACAUUCUUAGAAAAAUGAAAAAGCAAAAAAGUCUAAUUACAGUGCAUUUAUUUAGCUACAAUGAGUGUGCCUGCUUUUUCUGCCUCCUUUUCCACCUCCUCCACCUCUUUUUCCUCUGCUACCCCUGAGACAGCAGGACCAAUCCUUCAUCUUCCUCCUCCUCUUCAGCCUACUCAACAUGAAAAUGAUGAGAAUGAAGACCUUUAUGAUGAUCCACUUUCACUUAAUGACUAAUUCUUCUUAAUCCUUUGGUGAAAACUGAGACACAAGAUGGCCGCAAAUAAGCCCAAGGGUCAGAAUUCUUUGGCCUUACACAAAGUCAUCAUGGUGGGCAGUGGUGGUGUGGGCAAGUCAGCUCUGACUCUGCAGUUCAUGUACGAUGAGUUUGUGGAGGACUAUGAGCCUACCAAAGCAGACAGCUAUCGGAAGAAGGUAGUGCUAGAUGGGGAGGAAGUACAGAUCGAUAUCUUAGAUACAGCUGGGCAGGAGGACUACGCUGCAAUUAGAGACAACUACUUCCGAAGCGGGGAGGGGUUCCUUUGUGUUUUCUCUAUUACAGAAAUGGAAUCCUUUGCAGCUACAGCUGACUUCAGGGAGCAGAUUUUAAGAGUAAAAGAAGAUGAGAAUGUUCCAUUUCUACUGGUUGGUAACAAAUCAGAUUUAGAAGAUAAAAGGCAGGUUUCUGUAGAAGAGGCAAAAAACAGAGCUGAGCAGUGGAAUGUUAACUACGUGGAAACAUCUGCUAAAACACGAGCUAAUGUUGACAAGGUAUUUUUUGAUUUAAUGAGAGAAAUUCGAGCGAGAAAGAUGGAAGACAGCAAAGAAAAGAAUGGAAAAAAGAAGAGGAAAAGUUUAGCCAAGAGAAUCAGAGAAAGAUGCUGCAUUUUAUAAUCAAAGCCCAAACUCCUUUCUUAUCUUGACCAUACUAAUAAAUAUAAUUUAUAAGCAUUGCCAUUGAAGGCUUAAUUGACUGAAAUUACUUUAACAUUUUGGAAAUUGUUGUAUAUCACUAAAAGCAUGAAUUGGAACUGCAAUGAAAGUCAAAUUUACUUUAAAAAGAAAUUAAUGUGGCUUCACCAAGAAGCAAAGUUCAACUUAUUUCAUAAUUGCCUACAUUUAUCAUGGUCCUGAAUGUAGCGUGUAAGCUUGUGUUUCGCGGGCAGUCUUUCUUGAAAUUAAAGAGGUGAGAUGGGGGUGGGGAGUGGGAGGAAAGGUGACUUCCUCUGGUGUUUAUUAUAAAGCUUAAAUUUUAUAUCAUUUUAAAAUGUCUUGGUCUUCUACUGCCUUGAAAAAUGACAAUUGUGAACAUGAUAGUUAAACUGUACCACCUUUUUUAACCAUUAUUAUGCAAAAUUUAGAAGAAAAGUUAUUGGCAUGGUUGUUGCAUAUAGUUAAACUGAGAGUAAUUCAUCUGUGAAUCUGCUUUAAUUACCUGGUGAGUAACUUAGAAAAGUGGUGUAAACUUGUACAUGGAAUUUUUUGAAUAUGCCUUAAUUUAGAAACUGAAAAAUAUCUGGUUAUAUCAUUCUAGGUGUUUCUUACUGACACCAGGGGUCCGCUGCCCCAUGUGUCCUGGUGAGAAAAUACAUGCCCGGCAUGGAGUACAGCUUUUGUAUAGAAAAUUCUUGAGAAGUAACUGUCUGCCAGGAGUCUGUCCAAAUUUAAAAUAUGUGCCAUACUCUGGUUCUUGAAAAUAAGAUUCCAGAGCUCUUUGAUCGCUUUUAAUAAACUGCAAGUUCAUUUUAAAUGAAGGGCCAGCAUAUACUUGCAAGAUAAUUUUCGACUGCGAGGAUUCAGCACCAGUUAUUUUUGAAUGAACCCUCCUUUUCUCUGAGAUGCUGGUCCCUGGAAAUCACUUUCUGCUAGUGGUGAGCAUGUAAGUGUUAAGUUUUUAAUCUGGGAGCAGGGCACAGGAAGAAAAUGUCAGUAAUGCUAAUGCAUUUUGCACUAGAACACUUCGGGAAAAUAUUCAUGCUUGCCAUCUGUUCAUUACUAAAUUUAUACUCAUGAAGUUACAGUUUGAUACAGGAAUUAUUAGGAGUAAUUCUUUUCUGUUUAUGUUUAUAAUGAAGAACACUGUAGCUACAUUUUCAGAAGUUAACAUCAAGCCAUCAAACCUGGGUAUAGUGCAGAAAACGUGUGGCACACACUGACCACACAUUAGGCUGUGUCACCAUUGUGUGGUGUUCCUGCUGGAAGAAUCUAGCAUGCUACUUGGGGACAUAAUUUCAGUGGGAAAUAUGCCACUGUCAGAUUUUUUUUUCUUCCUCUUUGCAGUGGGGCUAGGAGAGUUGAUUCAACAAAGUAUUUUUUUCUUUUUUCUCAGUCCUAAUUUGAACAGGUCAAAGAUGUGUUCAGGCAUUCCAAGUAACAGGUGUGUACGUAAAGUUAAAAAUAGGCUUUUUAGGAACUCACUCUUUAGAUAUUUACAUCCAGCUUCUCAUGUUAAAUAUUUGUCCUUAAAGGGUUUGAGAUGUACAUCUUUCGUUUCGUAUUUCUCAUAGGCUAUGCCAUGUGCGGAAUUCAAGUUACCAAUGUAACACUGGCCAGCGGGCCCAGCAAUCUCCAUGUGUACUCAUUACAGUCUUAUUUAACCAGGGGUCCUAACCACUAACAUUGUGACUUUGCUUUGAGACCUUUCCUCUCCUGGGUACUGAGGUGCUAUGAAGCCAACUGACAAAGAUGCAUCACGUGUCUUAGGCUGAUGCCACUACCCGAUUUGUUUAUUUGCAAUUUGAGCCAUUUAAAGACCAAUAAACUUCCUUUUUUAAAA